UAAUUUUUUAAGUGUAAUUUAAUUCAGAGAAGAGGUCCAUCCAUCAUUAUUAGCAGUCUGUUUUGUGUUUGUUGUGCAAUCUUGGUCCCAAGUGGCGCCAAUCUUGGCACAAAAGUGUUAAGAUCGGACUAUUUUGGACUACCAAGUAGGUAGCAUAAUCUCUAAAAAAUAUACACCCACAAUGUGGGUCCCGCAUCGAUCGUUUCUCUUUCGAGUAUCUCGGUUCUCUUUUUUUUUCCGAAAGAGAAAUAUUGGAUGAUCCAUGGAGACAGAUAGACAGAUAGUUGGGGCUGGGGGGAAAACGUUAUCCCUUGUAAAUUUUCGGGCUCCAACUUCAGCUCCAGAUCCAACUUCUCUCCAGCAGCGAUCUCCAGAAACGAGCUCUCUUGGGCUCUUCAGCGCUGGCGGAGAAUAGGCCAUUCUCAUGGGGUCUCAUUGAGACAACGGGUUUCGAGCUGAGUGGGAACUGAAUGUGGAGGCAAGUCGCUGGCCGCCAAGCGAACACUCACUGCCAGUCUGUCUCGCGGAGCGGUAUACCCGCCACUUCGGUCGAAGCGAAAUAAAAAUAAUACACCACCCCAGCCAGUGGUGUAACGAUAUAUUUUACAAAGCGAAAUAAAAGAAAACCAACAAAAGUAUAAAAUAAAAGACGGUCGGAAAGAUUUAUGCUUGCAUAUAAAGUAUUUUAAACGAAACACGAAUAAAGAGUUGCGCUCGUCCGCCCACUUUUCCUGGAUAUUUUUUUGUGGGACGAACAAAAGCGGUGGUGUCUCGGGAACGGAUUCGGGAUCGGGAAUGAAAAUAUGGGCAUUUAGCAUCGGUACAUCGGGAUAAUAUAUUAAAAAACGAGAGAGAGGACAAGAAAACAAAGGCCUUUUGCUUUCGUGUGCCAAUUAAUUGUGUGGUUGUGUCUCGGAGUCGCAUCACAAAAGCUAAUGUGUCUUAAAUAGUGUGUGCCUUUGGAUUUGAAUAUAUAUUCCAGCCCAGCCCACGAACUUCCCCCACCUCCCACGGGGCGGAUGCGUCAUAUGUAAAGGAGCGGAAAAGCGAACAGCGAAAAAAAAGGGCAAAAAGGGAGAGCCAGCUACCAAGAAACAGUGGCCACAACAAAAAAAAAAACAUAACACAAAAGGCAGACCAAGAAGCAGAAACAGUUCACCCCCACUUCCGCUGCUUUGGGUCUCUCCUCUUAUUGUUGUUGUUGUUCUUGUUGCAGCUGUUGAUGCCGCCGGCUAUUUGUGUGCCACUGCGCAUGUGUGUGUGUCAACCCCCGGGGCCACUAAACAACAACAACAAAGUUAAAAGUGAAACAAAAAUAAGUAUAGUUCAAUUCCACAUUUCGAAUUGUUAGUGCAACACAUCAAUUAAUUAUGCUCCCGUUAUCAACGAAUCACAAGUGAUCUGCGACGAGUUAAUAAAAGAAAAGUGUAAAGUUUAAGUGAUCCCUCUCCCUUCCUGCCCCCUAUCUAUACAAGAUAAAAAAUAAAAAGCGAAAAGAAAAAUGUGCUCCACAUGUGUCGGCAGGCUGGCGCUACUUGCCACCCUGCUUGCACUCGUUAACUUAGCCGCAGGAAUUCAGGAUCUCCCCGAUCUACUCUAUCACAAAAAUCAGUAUAAUGAUGAUUACAAACAGGUUACAUUGGAGCAGCAUGAUAUGCUGGCGGGGAGGUCUGGAAAACCCUCCAAAAUAUCCGAAGAUGUUAUGUACAAUUACCUCAUGCAGUUUGAUUAUCUGCCCAAGUCGGAUCUGGAAACGGGAGCGCUCCGCUCCGAGAAGCAGCUGAUAGAUGCAAUCCGGAGUCUCCAGACUUUUGGCAACAUUCCAGUUACGGGGAAAAUUGACUCGGCAACAGCCAGGCUAAUACAGCAGCCCCGAUGCGGUGUGGGCGACAAGAGGAGUGCGUACGAUUUCUCGCCGGAUAACCUGGACCACGACAUCGGCUACAGUAUUCGAGUGCGACGCUAUGUUCUGCAGGGACCCAAAUGGUCCAAAACGGAUCUAACAUGGAGUUUGGUCAACCGCACCAUGCCCGAAGCCGAGAAAAUCCGAAGGUUGGUGGGCAGAGCCCUGGCCGUUUGGGAAAACAACUCGAAGCUGACGUUCCGGGAAGUGUACAGCGACCAGGCGGACAUCCAGAUACUCUUUGCACGGCUCCAGCACGGCGAUGGCUAUAAAUUCGAUGGACCCGGUCAGGUGCUGGCCCACGCCUUCUAUCCCGGCGAGGGCCGUGGCGGGGAUGCCCAUUUUGACGCCGAUGAGACCUGGAAUUUUGAUGGCAAUGCCGACGAUAGCCACGGAACCAAUUUUCUGAACGUGGCGCUGCACGAACUGGGUCACUCGCUGGGACUGGGCCACUCCUCGGACCAGAAUGCGGUCAUGUUCCCCUGGUACCAGAACAACGAGGUGGACGGCAAGCUGCCCGACGACGAUCGCAAUGGCAUCCAGGAGCUGUACGGCUCCAAGGAGAAGGUUUGGGGUCCCUACAGGCCGAACGCCACUCCGAGACCAACAACCACAACAACGACCACCACAACCACGAUGCGAUCACUGAGAUACUAUCCCCAGACACCGCGUUAUCCCAACCGGGAGUCGGAGACUCGCCAGGAGUAUGAGCGAAGGAUGCACAGGCAGCGGGAGGAGGAGUGGCGUCGCCAGCAGCGGGAAAAGCAGCAGCAGCAGGAGCGGGAGAGGAGGGAGCAAGAAAGGUCGGAGCGUGAGAGAGCGGAGCGGGAAAGGCAAGAGCGGGAAAGGUCAGAGAGGGAAAGAUCCGAGCGGGAAAGGUCAGAGCGGGAGAGGUCGGAUCGGGAGAGGUUGGAUCGGGAGAGAUCAGACCGAGAGAGGUCGGAUCGGGAGAGGUUGGAUCGGGAGAAGUGGGAGCGGGAAAGGAACCGAAACAGAUACCCAGUACCCACUACCACAACCACUACCUCCACCACCACCACUCCCAGGCCAAUCCGGACUCAUACGACCAAUAGCAACAGAAACAGCCAUCACCACAAGCCACGGAAGCACAAGCUGGACAACUGCAAGAUCAGCUACGACGCCAUCUCCUUGAUUCGCGGGGAGCUCUUCAUUUUCCGAAAGCAUUAUGUUUGGCGCAUCGGACAGAAGGGUCUAUACAACAUGUAUCCCACGGAAACCAGACGGCACUGGGCUGCUUUGCCGCAGAACUUCACCAAGGUGGAUGCGGUCUACGAGAAUAAGAGGGGUCAGAUCGUGUUCUUCAUAGGUCGCGAAUAUUAUGUGUUCAACUCCGUGAACUUGGCUCCCGGCUACCCGAAGCCACUGACCAGUCUGGGUCUUCCGGACACCCUUUCGCACAUCGACGCCUCCUUCGUGUGGGGACACAAUAAUCGGACUUAUCUCACCAGCGGCUUUCAGUACUGGCGGUUGGACGAUGCCACCAACCAGGUGGAGCUCGACUAUCCCCGGGACAUGAGCAUCUGGUCGGGUGUGGGCUACAAUAUCGACGCCGCCUUCCAGUACACCGACGGCAAGACCUACUUCUUCAAGAAUCUCGGCUACUGGCAGUUUAACGACGACCGUAUGCGCGUGGCCCAUGCCAAGGCACUUCCGUCGUCGCACAAGUGGAUGCAGUGCGUCCGAAACGCCAACGAGGUGGAUGAGGAGCACUGGACGGCCUCGUUGGUAUCUGGGGAGAGUGAAGAAGAAAACGAGGAUGGGACGGGGAGAAGUGGCAGCCAAUCCCUGCAGAUCAGUCUCGUUCUGCUCCUGAUCAGACUAUUAUACGCCGCAAUACUGAGCAGUUAAGAGUCGGGGGAAGGGCUUAAGUUAAGGCAUCCAUAAAAUACCAUUUUCGUAAAAGCGAAGGAGUUGUAGGGAAGGUUUUUGAUUUAAAUUGUGACAGAUUCCUAUUUCGAAUUCGAUUCUCAAAAGCUCAAAACUUAAUUAAUCUAAAAAGGAAAGUAAAAUAAACUUAAGAGGACAAAUCGAAGUAGAAAUAGAGGUGAAACUCUGUAGAAUCAGAGUGUCUAUCAGAUCUAAUUGGAACUAUAAAGUUAUUAUUAUGAAGCAGAGCGCAACUGUGUGACAGUCUGGCGCAUUAUUGCCCCCCAAAGACGACACCGAGCGGCCUUUCACUAGAAUUAAGUAAGAAAUAAAUCAGGAGCCAAGUGAGGGUCGGUUAUAGAUGCAGGAUGAAGGAUAUGGCGUCUAGGACCUGCCACUUGGCUGAUUUAUUCAUGGACACUUGCCAAUUGUGCACACUGGAGCCAUCUAUUGGACAAAUAGCAGGGCUGUUUUACCAGAUCUGAGCAGAUAAACAAUACGAAUAAGAUAUACCCUAUACAUACACUAUCCUAAUAUUAAAAUGAGUAGCAUUAAGGAUACGAGUGUGCAAGCAAGCAGCAUAUACAGGACGAGUCGAAAUUCCAAGUUGAAAAUCGAUACCACAACUGCCUUAUAAAUAAGUAUAGUAUUGCUUUUUUUGAUGGGGAGAGGACCAGGGUUUAGCUGUGAGCCUUCCCUGGUCUGCUCCCCUAACUUUGUUUUGACUAAACUUUCUAAUUUAAUUUAAUAUGUGUAAAUGUGAUAUUAUCAUAAAUUCAGUGCGAUUGUAAACGAAAGAAACCCGUGACAAAAAAAGGACAAACAAAACAAAGAAGUUGCAUUUUUGGUUAUACUUUAGUUUAAUUUACAUAAUCUUAAAAAAUGAUACUUCAGCUGUAAACCAACUUUUUAUAUACAAUAUAUCGAGAGGAAUUAAUAAAAAGAAUAUUUUUAAAUUCAAAA